ACAAAGGCUUGCGAAGGAGAGAGCGCAGCCCGCGGCCCGGAGAGAUCCCCUCGAUAAUGGAUUACUAAAUGGGAUACACGCUGUACCAGUUCGCUCCGAGCCCCGGCCGCCUGUCCGUCGAUGCACCGAAAAGGGUGAAGUAGAGAAAUAAAGUCUCCCCGCUGAACUACUAUGAGGUCAGAAGCCUUGCUGCUAUAUUUCACACUGCUACACUUUGCUGGGGCUGGUUUCCCAGAAGAUUCUGAGCCAAUCAGUAUUUCGCAUGGCAACUAUACAAAACAGUAUCCGGUGUUUGUGGGCCACAAGCCAGGACGGAACACCACACAGAGGCACAGGCUGGACAUCCAGAUGAUUAUGAUCAUGAACGGAACCCUCUACAUUGCUGCUAGGGACCAUAUUUAUACUGUUGAUAUAGACACAUCACACACGGAAGAAAUUUAUUGUAGCAAAAAACUGACAUGGAAAUCUAGACAGGCCGAUGUAGACACAUGCAGAAUGAAGGGAAAACAUAAGGAUGAGUGCCACAACUUUAUUAAAGUUCUUCUAAAGAAAAACGACGAUGCAUUGUUUGUCUGUGGAACUAAUGCCUUCAACCCUUCCUGCAGAAACUAUAAGAUGGAUACGUUGGAACCAUUCGGGGAUGAAUUCAGCGGAAUGGCCAGAUGCCCAUAUGAUGCCAAACAUGCCAACGUUGCACUGUUUGCAGAUGGAAAACUAUACUCAGCCACAGUGACUGACUUCCUUGCCAUUGACGCAGUCAUUUACCGGAGUCUUGGAGAAAGCCCUACCCUGCGGACCGUCAAGCACGAUUCAAAAUGGUUGAAAGAACCAUACUUUGUUCAAGCCGUGGAUUACGGAGAUUAUAUCUACUUCUUCUUUAGGGAAAUAGCAGUGGAGUAUAACACCAUGGGAAAGGUAGUUUUCCCAAGAGUGGCUCAGGUUUGUAAGAAUGAUAUGGGAGGAUCUCAAAGAGUCCUGGAGAAACAGUGGACAUCGUUCCUGAAGGCACGCUUGAACUGCUCAGUUCCUGGAGACUCUCAUUUUUAUUUCAACAUUCUCCAGGCAGUUACAGAUGUGAUUCGUAUCAACGGGCGUGAUGUUGUCCUGGCAACCUUUUCUACACCUUAUAACAGCAUCCCUGGGUCUGCAGUCUGUGCCUAUGACAUGCUUGACAUUGCCAGUGUUUUUACUGGGAGAUUCAAGGAACAGAAGUCUCCUGAUUCCACCUGGACACCAGUUCCUGAUGAACGAGUUCCUAAGCCCAGGCCAGGUUGCUGUGCUGGCUCAUCCUCCUUAGAAAGAUAUGCAACCUCCAAUGAGUUCCCUGAUGAUACACUGAACUUCAUCAAGACGCACCCGCUCAUGGAUGAGGCAGUGCCCUCCAUCUUCAACAGGCCAUGGUUCCUGAGAACAAUGGUCAGAUACCGCCUUACCAAAAUUGCAGUGGACACAGCUGCUGGGCCAUAUCAGAAUCACACUGUGGUUUUUCUGGGAUCAGAGAAGGGAAUCAUCUUGAAGUUUUUGGCCAGAAUAGGAAAUAGUGGUUUUCUAAAUGACAGCCUUUUCCUGGAGGAGAUGAGUGUUUACAACUCUGAAAAAUGCAGCUAUGAUGGAGUCGAAGACAAAAGGAUCAUGGGCAUGCAGCUGGACAGAGCAAGCAGCUCUCUGUAUGUUGCGUUCUCUACCUGUGUGAUAAAGGUUCCCCUUGGCCGGUGUGAACGACAUGGGAAGUGUAAAAAAACCUGUAUUGCCUCCAGAGACCCAUAUUGUGGAUGGAUAAAGGAAGGUGGUGCCUGCAGCCAUUUAUCACCCAACAGCAGACUGACUUUUGAGCAGGACAUAGAGCGUGGCAAUACAGAUGGUCUGGGGGACUGUCACAAUUCCUUUGUGGCACUGAAUGAGGCCAAUAUUUUAUUUAUCAUGUGCAUGGUGAUCAUACUUCAAGGCUGGAGCUUUUGGAGUUGUUGGCAUUCCAGUUCCCUCUUGCCCAGCACAACCACAUCAGAUUCGACGGCUCAAGAGGGGUAUGAGUCUAGGGGAGGAAUGCUGGACUGGAAGCAUCUGCUUGACUCACCUGACAGCACAGACCCUUUGGGGGCAGUGUCUUCCCAUAAUCACCAAGACAAGAAGGGAGUGAUUCGGGAAAGUUACCUCAAAGGCCACGACCAGCUGGUUCCCGUCACCCUCUUGGCCAUUGCAGUCAUCCUGGCUUUCGUCAUGGGGGCCGUCUUCUCGGGCAUCACCGUCUACUGCGUCUGUGAUCACCGGCGCAAAGACGUGGCUGUGGUGCAGCGCAAGGAGAAGGAGCUCACCCACUCGCGCCGGGGCUCCAUGAGCAGCGUCACCAAGCUCAGCGGCCUCUUUGGGGACACUCAAUCCAAAGACCCAAAGCCGGAGGCCAUCCUCACGCCACUCAUGCACAACGGCAAGCUCGCCACUCCCGGCAACACGGCCAAGAUGCUCAUUAAAGCAGACCAGCACCACCUGGACCUGACGGCCCUCCCCACCCCAGAGUCAACCCCAACGCUGCAGCAGAAGCGGAAGCCCAGCCGUGGCAGCCGCGAGUGGGAGAGGAACCAGAACCUCAUCAAUGCCUGCACAAAGGACAUGCCCCCCAUGGGCUCCCCUGUGAUUCCCACGGACCUGCCCCUGCGGGCCUCCCCCAGCCACAUCCCCAGCGUGGUGGUCCUGCCCAUCACGCAGCAGGGCUACCAGCAUGAGUACGUGGACCAGCCCAAAAUGAGCGAGGUGGCCCAGAUGGCGCUGGAGGACCAGGCCGCCACACUGGAGUAUAAGACCAUCAAGGAACAUCUCAGCAGCAAGAGUCCCAACCAUGGGGUGAACCUUGUGGAGAACCUGGACAGCCUGCCCCCCAAAGUUCCACAGCGGGAGGCCUCCCUGGGUCCCCCGGGAGCCUCCCUGUCUCAGACCGGUCUAAACAAGCGGCUGGAGAUGCACCACUCCUCUUCCUACGGGGUUGACUAUAAGAGGAGCUACCCCACGAACUCGCUCACGAGAAGCCACCAGGCCACCACUCUCAAAAGAAACAAUACUAACUCCUCCAAUUCCUCUCACCUCUCCAGAAACCAGAGCUUUGGCAGGGGAGACAACCCGCCGCCCGCCCCGCAGAGGGUGGACUCCAUCCAGGUGCACAGCUCCCAGCCAUCUGGCCAGGCCGUGACUGUCUCGAGGCAGCCCAGCCUCAACGCCUACAACUCACUGACAAGGUCGGGGCUGAAGCGUACGCCCUCGCUAAAGCCGGACGUACCCCCCAAACCAUCCUUUGCUCCCCUUUCCACAUCCAUGAAGCCCAAUGAUGCGUGUACAUAAUCCCAGGGGGAGGGGGUCAGGUGUCGAACCAGCAGGCAAGGCGAGGUGCCCGCUCAGCUCAGCAAGGUUCUCAACUGCCUCGAGUACCCACCAGACCAAGAAGGCCUGCGGCAGAGCCGAGGACGCUGGGUCCUCCUCUCUAGGACACAGGGGUACUCAAGAAAAUUGGGCCGCGUGGUUUGGUGAAGGUUUGCAACGGCGGGGACUCACCUUCAUUCUCUUCCUUCACUUUCCCCCACACCCUACAACAGGUCGGACCCACAAAAGACUUCAGUUAUCAUCACAAACAUGAGCCAAAAGCACAUACCUACCCCAUCCCCACCCCCCCCCACACACACACAUGCACACAACACAUACACACACACGCACAGAGGUGAACAGAAACUGAAACAUUUUGUCCAUAACUUCACGGGACGUGGCCACACUGGGUUUGCGUUCCAACCUGCAAAACACAAAUACAUUUUUUAAAAUCAAGAAAAUUUAAAAAGACAAAAAAAAAAAAGAAUUCAUUGAUAAUUCUAACUCAGACUUUAACAAUGGCAGAAGUUUACUAUGCGCAAAUACUGUGAAAUGCCCGCCAGUGUUACAGCUUUCUGUUACAGCAGAUAAAUGCCAUGUUGGGCAACUAUGUCAUAGAUUUCUGCUCCUCCUCUCUUUUAAUGAAAUAACGUGACCGUUAACGCAAGUAACUCUUUAUUUAUUGUUCACCCUUUUUUUCCUUAAGGAAAGGACUCUUCCAAAUAUCAUCCUAUGAACAGCUCUUCAGAAAGCCCAUUGAAAGUUAAACUAUUUAACGUGAAAUCCAUUAACUGGAAUAAUUGAGUUUCUUUAUUUUUACAAUAAAUUCACUGAGUAAAUAAGUUGGAGCUGGAAUUCUGAGCUUUGUGUUUGGACUGUCUGGUCUGUAGCUAAAGGAAAAAGUUAGGAGGGGAAUAUUUAUUUAAAUCUUUCAGUUCAUUGCCUGGUCAGGUCUCUGGCCUAUAAACAUGCAAAAAAACUAAUUCAUGUUAAAGUCCUUCCAGAUCCUAAUUUCUAAAGCAAUCAGGAGAGAAGCUUUUAGAAUGGCACAUCAUAUCUCAUUGAUGCCAACAUGGUUUUGUCCAUGGUUCCGACUUUCUGUGAAGGCACCAGCUUGCAAUAUGCCAUCCCAUUUCACCUUGCAUGUGAGACAGCAAACAAAAUCCACAAACGGUGUGAACUAAUAUGCUGGCUGCUACCUUGCAUAAAUUAAUGAUUUGAUCACACGGGUUCUUCGUGGGGUUACAUCUGUGAAUAGCCUGUUUUCCACAUGUAAAUUUGUGCCUUACACCUUGAGUUGUGUACACUUGUAAACUGUCUUUAUGAUCAACUGUUCCCCCUUUUGAAAUAAGUGCAGAUAUUUAUUUAACCCUCCCUUCCCCACCCUCUGCCCCACUUCCAGCCCUCUGGAAGAUUGGAGUCAAGCAGAUGGAAGAAUGCAGUGGUGAUAGUUGUCAUGUGACAGCCUGAGAACACUGGGCAGCACCACACCCUCCAAUUCACGCUGCCUUCUAGUUGUGCCAAUUGGAACCACCCUUUGGCUGUGCUGUGAAGCAUGGACCCCAGUGUUGUGGGUGUGGCAAAUCCCCUUUCAUCCUCAAGAGCUCCCUGCUUCCCUUAGAUUAUUUCAAUACAGUGAUAUCCUUAUUUGCUAGCAGAAAAGGGACUAAUGUCCCAUUCCUCUUUUCUGCUGCGUCCACUGGCUGGAGAGCAGGCGGUGUGCGGUUGGGCAGACACCUGAGAGGAGUCUCCAAGCCAAGUGCACAGCACACACGUGCAGUGCACACAAAGAAAUGACAUGGAAAUAGAUGCAGGCAGGCUGGUCCCUGCUGUGAUUAACGAGUAACUCCAAGUACAAGGCCGACCACAAUGGAUGCUGCAAAACGUUGACUGGGGCAAAGGAUUUUUUAUUUUAUUUUUUAUUUUGUUAAUUAUGUUUUUAGGGGAUGGGAGGUGGUGUGUGUUUUUCUCCUCUUGGUUUUCAUUUGCUCAAGCACACAAAAGGGACUUUUGUUUACUCUAUCAUGAACAAAGGAAAUGUCCACAUACUGUAAACCAUGAGCAGUGUUGUUGUUGUUUUUUUAAACAGUAUAUUUGGUGGUCUCUUUGUCUGUUUUUAUUUCCAGUUGGAUCUUCUGGGUUUAGUUUUGUCUUUAAAAAGAAUUCAAAAAAAGACUGACAAUGACAGUUUUGAGUUGGAUAGUGAAAAAGUGGAGCCUCCAUAAUCAGUGUGGUUGCCUUCAGACCUGAGUACUUAGCUGAGGGUGGGUGAGAGCCCUUUGUUCCAAAAGUCCAUUAGUUUUGCUGUUGUUUAGGAGUAGGUUGUUGUUGUUACUUUUUUUUUUUUUUGGCUUUUGUAAUGGAAUCCAUGUUCACAUCCUGUGAACUCUGUCUCCUGAAACCCUGAAGUAUUUCCUAGAACCUGAAAUAUUGUUUUCUUCCUUGAAUUUUCUCUAGAAAUGCAGAAAUUAGGAAGGUGAUGGGUCUGUAUCCCCCUGCCCCCUUCUUUCCCAUGCUUGACUCCCGAGAGUACUGGCAGUGCAGCACCCAUCAUUGACGUAAGCGGCUGUCUUGUCCAGUGUUUGUAGGCAUCACUGCCUCAGCUGUUAAGGAGACCUGUGUCAAAACUUACAUCCACAUUCCUACACCCCCACAACCCAUCACUUCUGGUGUUAACCCUAAAAUACCCACAUGUAUUGAGCUGGUCUUCUGCAUUUAAGUAUUUCUCCCCAUUUUUUUUCCCCACUGUGUGUGGGGGGAGGGUCCAUAAACCCGAGUGUGCCUUUGCUUUCCACCCUUGCUAGACACUGGUAGAUGCAACAAACUCAGAUUUAUAUUUGUUGUAAAGUUGUAAAAAUAUUGUGACGUCACCAAUUUUCCUUCCAUCUCCACAUCCCCUAACAUCUGAUUCACGACGUAAUGUAUGUUGUAAGAAAAGAAAAAAGAAAAGAAAAAAAGGGAAAAAAGAAAAGCAAGGAAAAGGCUCUUUAUUACUUAAAAGUAAUAAAACCUGACUGUUCUAUAUUA